AUGUUCACGGUGCUGCUGACCGUCGGCCUGCUUAUGGGAGUAUACAUAGUCCUGGUCCAAACGCUGUUCAGAAGAUCCAGAUGCAGAGGCAAGGCACCGAUGUCCGGAAGGACGGUGGUUAUAACAGGUGGAAACACAGGAAUCGGCAAAUCCACGGCGCUCCAUCUGGCCCGCAGAGGAGCCCGGGUGAUUCUGGCCUGUCGGAACCGAGAGAAAGCCGAGUCAGCCAUCGGUGACAUCAAACAGGUGACGGGCAGCACAGAUGUGCUCUACAUGAAACUGGACUUGGCCAGUCUGAAGUCGGUCCGCUCCUUUGCAGAGAACUUCCUUAAAACCGAGAGCCGGCUCGACCUGCUCAUCAACAACGCCGGUUUGGUGGCGGAUGGCCGAACAGAGGACGGAUUUGGCGUCCAGUUCGGUGUGAAUCACCUGGGUCACUUCCUGCUGACGUGCCUGCUGCUGGAGCGGCUUAAGGAGGGCGGCGGCGGCCGUGUGGUCACCCUGUCCUCCAUCGCUCACCGCUGGGGCAACAUCGACUUUGAGGCUCUUGUGGCUAACAAGGACCUGGGCACGGGGAAGUACAGCUGGCAGUUCUUCCAGGCGUACUGCAGCAGCAAACUGUGUAACGUCCUCUUCACAUAUGAACUGGCUAAGAGGCUGGCCGGCACCAAUGUCACCUGCUACUGCCUUCACCCAGGUAUUGUGCGGACAGGGCUAUCCAGACAUGUCAGUCUGUGGCAGAUGAUCUUCAUUGAACCCAUCUCCAGGCUUCUGUUCCUGGACCCUGACACCGGCGCCCAGACCACACUGCACUGCGCCCUGCAGGAGGGAAUCGAACCCCUGAGCGGGCGUUAUUUCUCCUGCUGCAGCAUGCAGGAAGUGGGGGCUUACGCCAGGGACGAUGCUGUGGCCCGGAAACUGUGGGAGGUCAGCGAGAGGCUGUGUGGUCUGUCUUAAGGAGGAGUGAGGACUAACCUGCCAAUCAAGUCUGUGCUCAGAUCAUAGAUUGUAAAUUUUGUCCAACGGACCCGACACUGCAUCCAUUUAUCGAUGCAGGAUGUGAACAACAAAAAACAUACAAACUGAUUCAAAUACAAAGGUGGUACGACACGCAUCACGUUGUCCCACAUCUUCACCA